CAAACUUAUAGUAUACACACUACAACGUGUUAUGUACAAUGUAAACUCUACAUCAAACCAAACAGCUCUGUACAUUAUACGCUUAAAAGCUACGAAACAGAUGUAUAUAAAUUACUUUCUCCAUAACUUGUUAACAAUACCAAAGUGAAACAAAUUAGUCUGUCAGCGUAUUACUCACAGAAAAAUUGAUUGCUACAAAGUGACAGAUAGUGAAUGACAUUUUAAGAACAGGGGUUCUGUUUACACACAAAUUUUGUUGCGUAUUAGAAUCUGGAAAUUUCCACGUAAAAAGCACUGUGAUGGUGGGGAUGGAGAAAGUUCAAGGGCAAAAGGGCCACAUGGUUAUCCACGAAGAUGGAACCAUCAUUUCUUCUUCAGGAGAUUUGGCCAGCAGUGAAAGCACAGCUCAGCAGCUAAUCCAUCUUGUUCAGCACGCCCUUCCGGUCAACUUUAAUACGGAAGAUGUCGAAGGUGCUGUGGGUGGCGAUCCUCCUCCUCCCCCCACGAAUAACCAUGCUGCUGCUGGAAAUUUCGUUAAUGGUGACAAUCCAAAUUCUAAUAGUGCCACCGGACAGGUCUGGAAGUGGAAUAGGCUGACAGUGGACUUUGGAGAUCAUUCCUACAUUGCGUGCCUUUCGAAUAGGAAAAUUCACAUUGUCAAGCGUGACCACAUUUUCCCAGAUCUGGAUCAUGUCAACGGUUGAAUUAAUUUACUUAUUUGGUGUCUACAGUACAUACAUAUUUUACUUUAAUACUAUCUAGUUCAUUAACACAUAAAUAUGCAUAAAUUAAUAAACACAGAAAUAAGUUAAGUUAUUCAGUAAUACAAAUAAACAAACUCUAAUAUCAUUGCGUCCCAGAACGCUAAAUAACAAAAUUAAUAGUUAUAAAUAUUUAUGAAAUAAAAAUUCAUCAGAAAUGAAA